AUGGCUGCCUUCAACUCCAUGCCGGCCAUGCCUUCUGCCCCUGCGGCGCCCAGCGAUGCGAUGGGCAUGAACCACGGCCCGCCCCAGCCCAUGACCAUGGACUCCUUCGAUCCCGACCUCAACUUUCACGAUUCUCUGCUUGAUGGCAGCGCGCUGGCUCCUCUACCUUUUACGCCCUCGUACGAGUUCGACAACUUCGUCACCACCUUUGAAGAUCCCUUUUCCUAUUCAUCCCGCCCGUUCGAGCCCGUCGCCAACCAUGAUGUUGCCCACGACGAGGCUUCUCCCCAGGAGCUGGACAACAAGCUCCUGGGCUUCUCCGACCCGACCAUGCACGCGACCAUUGUGGAUGAAGCGGGAGCCUUUGCAGACUUGAACAUGACGGCCGAGCUGUACGGCAUGUUCUUUGUUGCCGAAGAUGUGUUUGGCGGGGAGAACACUGGCCGUCCGCUGGAGUUGACGUGCUAUCGCCGCAACCUGUGGCAGUGCUCGGGCCAAAUCACGCUGCCCCGGGCGGUGAACACUGUGAUAGACGAACAGGGGCGCCAUAUCGCCAUCACGGAGCUGUCGGCAUCCAUAACAGGCUUGGAAUCGAUUGAAGGAAAGGCCGCCGAGAUCAUCACCAUACCGUGGAAAGGCGCAACCCCUCAGUUGGAAGAGAGCAAGAUCGCCGCGGCACCCCCCAACAUGACGCUCGACCUGACCACUGGCCGGGAAAUUGACGCCAACAGGGUCUCCCUCCCUGUCUCGUGGAAGAGGCUGCAAUUUAAGCAUGCCACCGCUAACAACGGCCGGCGAAAGGGGCUGCAGCAGCAUUACGUAGUGCAGAUCAAUCUUCUGGGCAAGACGAAGACGGGGGAGAUUAUCAAGAUUGCCGAGAUCCAGUCCGGCCCCGUCAUUGUUCGAGGGCGAAGUCCGCGCAACUUUGACAGCAGGAAGGACGUGCACCUCACGGGCGACAAGAAGCUGGAGAGAAGAAACACGAACAGCACCGACAAUCCUACUCCGAAGGCGGAGCGGGACGGUCUGCUUGCUUCCUUGCCGAGAUACCCAACUUCGAAUGGGAACGAAUGGGCUACGCCACAAGCCGUCGCUCAGCCCACCCAGAGCCCACACCCAGCGAAGCGCAUGGCUCUCUCUCCUACAGUUUCACUGCCUCCCGUCCCGGCCUGGACGGUAGACAACCCUACGAUCAAGCCCCCUCCGCCGAACCAUCGAAAUUCUUUCUCGCGACCGCCGAACCCCGCGGUCCCCAUCACCCUGUCGCUAUCGGAGGACGAAAAGAGCCCCAACAGAUCAAGUGCUGAGCUGCAGAGCCCGCAGCUAUCCAAGGCCUACCCGGCGAAUGGCCAAAACGCCAGCAACAGCCCGGCCGAGGAAGCAGAUCCUCUCUACGAAUACUUUCCUCUUAGCGUGGACGACUGGAUGCCGCCAGUCGACGCUGUAUAUAGGCCGCACAUUGUGCACCAUACCAUUGCGCCCCCCGAAUUCAAGGCUCAACAGAUAGGCCGCAAGGUCAAGCGCUACUUUACCGCCGAUUAA